GUCACGGGGCGGGGCCAUGAAGAAGAGAGCUAAGUUACCCGAGGAGCUAACCCGCUAGCCCCGGCGCUCUGCAGGCUCUGUUAGACUCUCUAAAGCCGGUCAAGAUGGUCCAACUAGUGGGUCCCCUCCGAAAAGAGCUUGCCGAGACCCUUUCCACUUGCAAGGUGCUGGUCGUGGGGGCAGGAGGGAUCGGCUGUGAGCUGCUGAAGAACCUUGUCCUCACCGGCUUCAAGAAUAUCGAAGUGAUUGACCUGGACACAAUUGAUGUCAGCAACCUAAAUCGCCAGUUCCUUUUUCAAAAGAAGCAUGUUGGGAAGUCUAAAUCCCAGGUGGCCAAAGAGAGCGCCUUACAAUUUUGUCCCUCUGCCAAUAUUGUUGCUUACCAUGACAGUAUAAUGAACCCCGACUACAAUGUGGAAUUCUUUAGAAAGUUUGUGCUGGUUAUGAAUGCCUUGGACAACAGAGCUGCCCGCAACCAUGUGAAUAGGAUGUGCUUGGCAGCAGAUAUCCCUCUCAUAGAAAGUGGUACAGCAGGAUACCUUGGACAAGUAUCUGUUAUUAAAAAGGGAUUGACAGAGUGCUACGAGUGCCAGCCCAAACCUGCUCAGAAGACUUUUCCAGGUUGUACCAUAAGAAACACACCAUCCGAGCCCAUUCACUGUAUUGUAUGGGCCAAAUAUCUUUUUAAUCAGCUAUUUGGAGAGGAGGAUGCUGAUCAGGAAGUUUCUCCAGACACUGCAGACCCAGAAGCUGCAUGGAAUCCUGAAGAUGCAGCUGCCCGUGCCACAGCAUCAGAAAAAGAUGGAGACAUUAAACGUGUAUCCACCAAGGAAUGGGCCCGUUCCACAGGAUAUGAUGCUGUAAAACUUUUCAACAAGCUAUUUAAAGAUGACAUCAUGUACUUGUUAACCAUGGAUAAGCUAUGGAAAAAGAGGAAAGCACCUACACCUUUGGACUGGCACCAAGUGGAGAAAAAUGAAAGUCCUAAAGAGUCAGAGUGUACUAGUGCAGGUCUAAAGGACCAGCAGGUCCUUGGUGUUUGGGGCUACAGCCAACUUUUCCAACAAAGUGUAGAGACUCUUCGCUCGCAGCUGGAAGAGAAGGGAGACGGAGCAGAGCUUGUAUGGGACAAGGAUGACCCACCAGCUAUGGACUUUGUUACUGCUGCAGCCAAUCUGCGAAUGCACAUCUUUAGCAUGAAUAUGAAGAGUCGUUUUGAUGUGAAGUCCAUGGCUGGAAACAUCAUUCCUGCAAUAGCUACAACCAAUGCUGUAAUUGCAGGACUAAUUGUAUUGGAGGGGCUAAAAAUCUUGUCUGGGGAGAUUGAGUCAUGUCGUUCAAUCUUCUUGAAUAAGGUUCCAAACCUCAGGAAGAAGUUGCUGGUGCCUUGUGUGCUUGACCCUCCAAGUGCUAACUGCUAUGUUUGUGCCAGUAAACCAGAAGUUACUGUCAAACUCAAUGUCAACAAAACCAUGGUUGUUUCCCUCCAGGACAGAAUCCUUAAGGAGAGGUUUGGGAUGGUGGCUCCAGAUGUGCAGAUAGAAGAUGGAAAAGGGACCAUUCUCAUCUCCUCAGAGGAAGGAGAGACAGAAGCCAACAACAGCAAGUUCCUCUCAGACUUUGGGAUUCGUAAUGGCAGCCGUCUCCAAGCUGACGACUUUCUUCAAGACUAUACGCUCCUUGUCAAUGUUCUACACACUGAGGAACUCGAGAGGGAUGUGGAAUUUGAAGUAGUUGGUGAAGCCCCAGACAAAGCCCCUCCUCCACAGAAUAAACCAGAAGAUUCAAACAAUAUUGCCAAUGGCAACAAGGACUCUGCCCAGCCGUCCACCUCCUCCAAAGCUCCAGCAGAUGACAAUGACAUCAUGAUUGUGGACUCUGACGAUGAUGGAGCAGCUUCAAGCUCAGCCGUAGAAACUCCCAGCAGCCACAAGAGGAAGCACUCGGACGCAGAAACGGGAGAAACCUCAGCCAAACGUCCACGGACAGACCAAACCACUGCUGAAGAGGACGAUGACGAUAUCAUCGCUCUGGACUAGAUGUGCAGCUAUUGUCGUUUUGACAGAACAGCGACUGCAACCUCAUGUUUUAUGAAGAACAAUUUAUUACAACGUUUUUUCAUUUGUUAAAUCCGUUUCCCAACAGACCAAUGUAUGCUUUAACAGUCCCUCUUCCUUCCCUACACAAUGCUGUACAUACUCUGAGAAUUUGCUAGCUCAUUUUUUACUUUACUCAUUUCAAUCCCUAUAAACUGUGUCUCUUGAUGGUUACAGUGAGUGUUUUUGUAUCUUUUAUAAACUUAAUGUAUUUCAUGUGCUAAACAAGUCAGGAUAAUUAUUCAUUUGUUGGCAAGUUACAUCAGGAAAAACACAGAUGGAAUUUGGUUGUAUUAUUUAUGUCUUGUGAUGAUGCAUAAACUUGAGGACAGGCAUCUUGUGGUACUCAAAUGUGUGUAGUGUAUUGUUGCCUGACUUCAGUAUACAAAAACUUUGAAAUGGUUAUUUUGUGCUACGGGAGAAAAGUCUCUUAAAGAAAAUGACUAUGGAGUAAAUUAUUUCAUUACAUGCUCUUUGUAAGGUAGAUUGAGAAAGGCAGUUAAAGGAAGACACUCCUAUGAAACUGCGCUGGUAUCACUUUUGAUUUUUAUAUUUUACUGUGCACAUACCCUAGAAUCACAUCAGUAAUGUUUUCUGUUCUAUGAAACAUGUACAACAAGCCUCACUAGAGUACUGUUAAGAUUGUGACCUGACUUGUAUAGCCCUGAGUCUAUUGAACAUUACUGUUGAAAGAAUAAACUUUGAUAUUAG